AUGUCGUCUUCUGGCUCUCUUACUGCUACACCUACUGCAGGUAUAGCUACAAAACCGUAUCCAUUUUGGUUAGGAGGUGUCGCAGCAAGUAUAGCAGCUAGUAUAACCCAUCCUCUAGACUUGACUAAAGUAAGACUUCAAACUAGUGGUGAUAAAGGGAUGAUUCAGUCAUUGAGAAAGACAAUACGAAAUAACGGAACAAGAGGUCUUUUCGAUGGAUUAACAGGAACUCUACUUCGUCAAAUGACUUAUUCAAUGACUAGAUUCGCAGCUUAUGAUUGGGCAAAAGCGGAAGUACACAAAGGCUCGGGUCCACCUCCAGCAUACAAAAUGGCUUUGGCAGGCUCAAUGGCAGGUGGAAUAGCAGGAAUAGUGGGGACUCCAUUUGAAACUCUGAUGGUUAGGAUGCAAGCUGAUAAAGCCAAACCUAUCGAACAAAGAUACAACUAUCGUAAUUCCGUCCAAGGGUUUUUCAGAAUGACUUCAGAAGAAGGUAUAUCAAGUUGGAUAAGAGGUCUAGGUCCAAACACGUUUAGAAGUAUCUUGAUGAAUAUGAGUCAGCUCGCAAGUUACGAUCUAUUUAAACGGGAAUUGAUACAUACGAAAGUAUUGGAAGAUGGUCCCGUAUUGCACUUUUUCGCUUCUCUUGGUGCUGUAACCGUUUGUUCUCCCGCCGAUGUGAUCAAAUCAAGAAUCAUGACUGCGCAUGGUAAAGGGACUUCAAGCACGAUGGGUGUCAUUAAGCAAUCAUUCGCGAAUGAAGGAGCAAUGUUCAUGUUCAAAGGUUGGGUGCCGGCUUGGACUAGAUUACAGCCUACCACUAUACUGAUCUUCUUGACCCUUGAACAACUGAAGAAGGGAGUCGAUGCGUAUAGAGCUGCGGGCGGCAAGUUACUGUGA